AUGGAUUCUCUCGACUUGCAAGCAUUGACCGACCUGGCUUACGGCACCCUUCAAAAUGCCUCCGACUUUGCAUUGCAGAAGGUAGAGGCAGCCGCCGGAUACUGGCAUGGCGAGGUCAAGUGCAACGUCGCAAUCACCAGCGAAUACAUCUGUCUCCGACAAGCGCUCGGUCUAUCGCUUGAUGGGGACCGCGAUGCGUAUCGCAAGUAUCUGCUGUCGGAGCAAAAUUCGGAUGGCUCGUGGUCCCUCGCGCCGGGCCUCCCAGGCGACGUCUCGGUGACGACCGAGGCGUACUUGGCGUUGAAGAUUCUUGGCAUGUCUGUCACGGGUUCUCGGCAGAUGCAGCUGGCGUGUGACAGCGUGCGCAGCAUGGGCGGUGUUGCAAAAGUCCGCAUUCUCACGCGCAUCUACCUGGCAACACUCGGCCUCUUUCCCUGGACGGCAAUACCACAGUUGCCUGCAGAGGUAAUUUUGCUUCCAGUCCUGUCGCCCAUCAACAUCUACAGGUUUGCGUACUGGAUUCGCGUCACCCUUAUUCCCAUUCUGAUCAUCUGCCACCAUCGCCCGACCUAUCGCCUCCCCAACGGCGUCUCUGCCGACAACGACUUCCUCGACGAGCUGUGGCUCGACCCGACGAAUAAAGCUGUGCCUUAUUGCAGUCCGCUGUUGCAGCUGUUGCUCCAAGCCAACUUUGUCGCAUUCGUCUUUACUCUGGUUGAUAAAGUGCUUGGCCUCCUCGGUUGCCUCCGCUGGCGCCAAGAGCGUAAUGGCGAUUGGACCGGAAUUUAUCAGCCGAUGCAUUUGAACCUAUUUGCGCUGCUUUUAGAAGGGUUCAAGAUGGAUGAUGAUCCAAUUCGUCUUGGGUUGGAGGCACUAGAACGAUUCGCGUGGCAGGACGAGGGUGGCAAGCGAAUGCAGACGAGCGUCUCCCCGAUCUGGGACACAGCAUUGAUGACGAUCGGCCUCUGCGAAUCAGGCCUGUCGCGAGGCAAGGGCACGGAGCUGGGCGACUGUCUAGAUCGUGCCGUGCAGUGGCUCGAGUCCCAGCAACGGCUUGGCCCGGAAGGCGACUGGCGCGUCUAUCGCCCGGGGCUCACUCCAGGGGCUUUCUCAUUUCAGUUCUCCAACUCGUGGUAUCCAGACGUGGACAAUACGGCAAUCGCCGUCAUAGCCUUGAUCACUCACGACGCCCGAGCCGCCACAUCGCCCGCCGUGACAAGGGCGCAAGAAUGGAUCUUGGGCAUGCAGAAUGCCGACGGCGGCUGGGGAACAUUCGAUGUGGAGAACAAUGCUUUGUACCUGAACCGGAUUCCCUUCAGCGACAUGGACAGCAUGUGCGACCCGUCCAUCGCAGAUGUCACUGGUCACGUCCUGGAAGCAUUCGGCCUUCUGCUACGGGCAACUGAAGACAGCAUCAAGCACGACGCCAACUUGACAGCUCGGACUCGCUUAGCUGCUCACCGAGCCAUAGGCUACCUUGCACGAACGCAGGAACCCUGCGGCGCAUGGUUCGGGCGCUGGGGCACCAACUACAUAUACGGCACAUGUACCGUCGUCUGCGGCGUGGGGUAUUUCCAAGGACGCGACGCGGGCGUCCCGAAGCUGAUGCAGUCGGCGACGAGCUGGUUGCGGUCGGUGCAGAAUCUCGACGGCGGCUGGGGCGAGUCGCUGCUGUCCUAUGCCGACGCCUCGCUGGCUGGCCGGGGGGCUGCAUCAGCGCCAACCCAGACCGCGUGGGCGGUCAUGGCAUUGCUUUCGCACUUGCCUCGGGAGAACGAGGCUGUUUGUCGCGGAGUCCGAUGGCUCGUCUCGGCGCAAACAAUGGCGGAGCCCUAUGGCGGGCAGCAGGCGGCGUUAUGGGCGGAGAGUGGCUUCACCGGCACCGGCUUCCCCAACCACUUCUACCUGGGCUACACUCUGUAUCCUCACUACUUUCCAAUGAUGGCAUUGGGCCGAUUUUGUUGUAGAAGUAAGGAGCAAGAAUGGGCAGCCGGUCCUGGGGCGCAAAUGGCGCGCAGGUAG